AUGUUUGAUGGAGAAAGUAAAAAUAGAAGGAUUAAUUUAAGCGGGAAAAAACAAGUUAUUGUGAAUAAAGAUUUUUUUAUUGAAAAAGCAAAAAAAGAGAAAGAAAAUAAUUUGACAUUAAUAAAGAGAAAAAAUGCUUUUAAAAAGAUUAGUGAUUAUAUAGGUUUUAAAAAAUGUCUUGAAAAUAGGAAGAAAGAAAUAAAUGAAGUUGUUUCGAAAAGAAUAAAUGAUAUAAUAUUAUUAGAAAAAAUAGUAUGUCCCUCUAUAUAUAGACAAGCUUUACAAUUAUGUGUAUAUGAAUUUUCUUUACAAUCUUGUUUUCUUUAUUCUGAUCUGAAUUGCUAUUAUUAUUAUAAGUCUAUGGACUUUGAUGGAAUAUACCCACCUGUAAAAAAUUUAUUAAAUACUUUGAAAUUUUAUAAUAAGAUCGAUGAAAAUUGUGUGGAUAAGACUAAUGGAGUUGAUAAUGAAAAUGAAAUGGGUGAUAAUAAAAUGAAUGGUGAUAAAAAAAUAAAAGAUGAUGAUAAAAAAAUAAAAGAUGAUGAUAAUAAAAUGAAUAAUAUUCCAUUAGGUAAUAAUAUAAGCAGAAACGAUACACUCCAAUGUGAUGAAAAGAAGAAUGAAAAUAAUAAUAAUAAUAUGACAGAAACAGAGAGAAAGUUUUUUUAUAGGCAUAAGAAAGAGUUAGAUAUUUUAAUAAACCAUUUGGAUAUUUUGCUGGGUAAUUAUUAUAUAUACAAUUAUAAUAUAUAUGGGGAAUAUUACAAGGAUGUUAAAAAGAUAAAAAAUAUCACACAUACAUAUAAUAAUAGUAACAUUUUAAAAUAUCAUUUAAAUGAUAAUAAUUAUUCAAGUGGGACUUUUUCUAAUCAUAAUAAUAAAAGGUAUAUAUCUGCAAGAAGUAAUAUAUUAAAUAUUGAAUCUGAUAUAAAUAGGAAUCUUCUACAUAUAUAUUAUUUAUAUAAUUUUAUAAUCAAUAAUUCAUUUAUUGAUGAAUUGGUUAAAAGAAAAAUAACAAACGAAAAUAAAAAACCCAAUGUUUCUCUUACCUCUAGUUGUAUUACAUCAUCAAUAGAAACAACAAAUAAUAAUAAGAAUAAUUUAAGUGAUGGUAAUAAUAGUAGUAGUGUUUAUAUAAAUGCUUCUAAUAAAAAACAAAAUGUGAGUGAACUAAGAACCUUUUUAAAAAAAAUAAGUGAUUAUAUAAUAUUAAAUAUCGAAGGAAUAAUUACUGUAAUAAAGAAGAUUUCUAUUUAUUAUGAAAUUAAAGGUGAUGUAAAAUAUGAUAAUAUUAAAUUAAUGAUAUAUAUAUGUGAUAUGAUAUAUAUAUAUUUUUAUAUAUUAAAAAUAAAAGGGAAAGAUAUGAAAUGUAAUAAUAUAAUGGAUAUAAAAUAUAAAAUUAAUUUACUUAUAAAUUUUCUAAAAUUAAAUUUACAAUAUAUUAAGGAACCAUAUAUUUUAUUUGUAUCCUUUUUUAAAUAUAAUAUAUAUGAAUUAUUUGUAAAUACAAUUAAUAUAGAGAAUGAAUUAAAAGAAUGGAAAAUCUUAUUAAUUAGGAUAAUAAAUAAUACAUAUAAAGAUGUGGAUAUUAUGAAAGAAUUAAUAUACAUCAACAAUAGCAACAACAACAACAACAACAAUAAUAAUAAUAAUAAUAAUAUUUAUCAUAGUUGUUCAUAUUUUAAAGUACCCUAUUAUAAUAUGAAAUAUGAUUUAUAUAAUCAAAAAUCAUUCGAUGAAUAUAACAUAUCAGGUGUUAACCUUUUUAAAAAUUUAUUAUUAUUUGUUCAUGUUAAUAAAGAUAUAAUGUAUGAUAAUGUUUUGAAUAUCUUAGCAGAUGUGUAUUUAUUUUUACCACUUGAAUAUCAUCCAUAUAUAUAUAAUAAUAACACGCGCGAAAUUACAAAAAAAAAGAAUGAUAAUAGUGUAAUAAAAAAUAUAAAUCAAGAGAAAUAUUUUGAGAAACAAAAUAUAUCUUUGGAGAUGGGUUAUUAUUAUAAUAAGGAGAUUAUUGAAUCUUUGAUAUAUAUAUGUAAAAAAUAUUGUUUUAAUAAAUUAGAUAGACUGUUGUUUUUUUUAUUACCCUUACGUAAUAUUAAUGGAAAGAUAUUUGAGACAUAUAGAAAUUAUUAUGAUUAUAUGAAGAAUAUAGAAAAGGGGGUAUAUAAAAAAUUUGAUAAAUUAUAUAAAUCACAUAUAAAUAAUCAUAUGAUUAAUAAUAGUAUGCAUAAUAAUAACAUGGAUCAUAUAAAUAAUAAUGUUAAUAAUAAAGGGAAUAAAAAUAUGAGUACGAAUUUUAAAAAUAAUAAUAAUAAAGGAAGUGUCUAUGAUAGUAAUAAUAUUUAUAAUAUUAAUAAUAAUAAUUUUGAAAAUUAUCAGGAUAAAAAAAAUAAAGGCAAUUUGUUUUAUUCAGAUAUGAAUGAAUUUCCAUUUUUAGCAAAUAAUCAAGGAACAAAUUACAAUCGUGAUGAUAAUAAAUAUAAUAAUAAUAUUAAUUAUAAUAAUAAUAAUAUUAAUUAUAAUAAUAAUAAUAAUUAUAAUAAUUAUAAUUAUUAUUAUCAUUCAUGUAGUGGAAAUAAUAGUUAUGUUCAUGCAAAUGGUUUUUUUUCAUUAGAAAAUAUUAUUGGUAAAAGAGAUAAAAAGAUUCUAGGUGCGAAUUCCUAUUUAUUUAAUGAUAUGAUUAAUAAUGAUAUAAUAUUAAGAAUAAAAAAAAUUUUAAUAAUAAAUAAUAUACAUAUAUAUUUAAUUAAAAAAAUAUAUUUAUUUUGGUGUUAUAGUUGUAAAUCUAAUGAUAAUUCAUUUUUUAAAAAUGUUAUGUUUUUUCCUUACUAUGAUAAUACGCAUAUAUCUAUAUAUUUGUCAUCCUUUUGUUUUUUAUUGCAUUAUUAUUUAGUUGUUAAUAUGUUUAAUCAGUUAAUUGACAUAAAUAAAUUUAAGAUGUUUAAGAGAAAUGAAAUCCAUUAUGACAUAAAGAAUGAUGUGGUAUCUAGAGAAAAUAAUAUAAUGUCAUCAAAAUGUGAUAUGGAAAAUGACCAGCAGCAGCACCAAAAUAGCAACAACAAUAAUAAUAAUAAUAAUAAUAUUAAUAAUAUUUAUAGUAAUAAUAAUUAUAGUAAUAAUAUUUAUAGUAAUAAUAUGAUGACAUACCUCUUGAUGAAUAAAUAUUUUAAAAGAGUAUGUAAACUUAUUAUUUUAUCCUUGUGGUAUAUAUUAAAACAUUCCAUAAAUUGUAUUUAUAAUGAAUUAAUUAAAAAAAAAAAUUUAAAUGUAAAAAGUAAACAGUUGCAUUAUAUAGAAGAUAUAGAUGAUGAAGAUAUAUAUAAUGAUGAUGAUGAAGAACAUGAAAAUGAAAUGAUAAAAAAGGAAGAAAAUCAUAUUGAUGAAAUUCAUUCUAAACAAUUUACAACAAAUAUUUAUGAUAAUGAUUAUAUAUCUUUAUUGAAUUUUCAAAAAAUAAAAAUAUCAAUGGAUGAUAUAAUGUGUGAUAAAAACUGUUAUGAUAUAAAUAAAGGACAUGUAUAUUUAAAUAUGCAGGAAGAAAAUAUGUCUUUGAUUAAAAGGUAUAUAGAAAACGAAGGGAAUAAAGAAAGUUCGAAAUGUUAUAAUAGUAUGGAUGAAAAAAAUAUUAUUGAAAUAAAAAAUAUUUUUGAUGAACUAGAUAAAAUAAAUAUGUAUAAUUAUCAGAGUUAUAUAGAAGGGAAUAUGUUUUUUCAUAAUCAAAAUAAUACAAAUGUGGAACAUUUAAAAUAUGUUGAUAAUGUGAAAUCUUUUUCAAAUGAUCAAUCAUAUCAAAAUGUUAUUCCUUUUGAAAAUAAUUCAUUUGUAAAUAAUAAUAAUAAUAAUAAUAAUUAUUAUUAUUAUAAUAAUUCACAUAUAUCUAUUAAUCCUAGUCACAAUGAAGAAAUUCCAAACAACUAUAAUAACAUGUCUUUUCAAAACAAUGGAGAACUUUUUGAUAACAUGAAAAACAAAAAUAGCAAUACGAAGAAAAAGAAUAACGACGAUUCUUGUUAUUCGAAUGUAAUAAAUUAUUAUUUAUAUAAUAAUGAUAACAAAGGGUUAAGUUAUAUUUUGCCCAUAUUAUUAAAAAAGUUAUAUAAGUUGAAUAGCUAUAUACAUAUAUUUGAUGACGAUUUUUUUGUAAUAAAAGAGACUUAUAAUUUAUUAAAAAAUCGUUUUCAUAUAAUAGGUGAGAGUAAUAAUAUAAAUUAUAAUAAUAAUAGUUAUGAUGAAGAAACCAAUUUAUAUUUAGAAAAGAAUGAUAUAUAUUUAAAUAAUAACAUAAAAUUUGUAAAUGUAUUGGCAAAUUAUUUAUUACGUUAUGUGCCUUUUACGUUACCUUUUGAUGAUCGUUUAUUAAUAUUUUAUCAUUUUAGAAAUAAAAAUAAAGAGAGUAUAAGAGAUGAUUCAACAUAUAAUUUAUUAGAAAGAAAACAUAUGUUAAUAAGAAGAACGAACAUAUUAGAAGAUGGAUUUAUAUCAUUGAAUAUAUUAGAUAACUUACAAAUUAAACAAAAUGUUCGUAUAUCUUUUAUAGAUAAAAAUGGAAAUGAAGAAACAGGAAUAGAUGGAGGAGGAUUAUUUAAAGAAUUUAUUAUAUUAUUAUGUAGAGAAAUAUUUCAUCAAAAUUUUAUUUUAUUUCAGAAUGUUGAAAAUCAUACUUUAUUUCCUAAAUAUUAUAAUGAAAAUGAUAAUUUAAUUUUAUAUGAAUUUUGUGGAAAAGUAAUUGGAAAAGCAAUAUAUGAAAGAAUAUUAAUAGAAUCAGUUUUUAAUAAAGUAUUUUUAAAUAAUAUAUUAUUUGAUAAUAUGGAUAUAAAUGAUUUAUAUUUUAUUGAUCAAAAUGUAUUCAAUAGUUUAUUGUAUGUUCAAAAUGUUGAAAAUGUUGAGAAAUUAUGUUUAACAUUUUGUAUAUAUGAAAAAAAAUAUCCAGAUGGUGAAAAAUUUACAAAGGAUCAAUAUGAAAAGAUAACAAAUUAUUUUUACGAAUUAUCUAAGAGGAAUAAUAAUUACAAUUCUAAUAAUCGUCACACAAAUCAUCACAAUAAUAAUAAUAAUAAUAAUAAUAAUAAUAAUAAUUUUCUUUUUUUUAAUCAUAUGGAUAAUUUAGAAAACCUUUUCUUUUCAAGUGAUAAUAAUAAUACAUAUAAUUUUACAAGUAUGAAUAAUUUUUUUCACAUGAUAAAUAAUUUAGAUUCCAUGAUUAGUAAUAUCAGUUCCACAAAUAAUUCCACUUUUUCUCACAACCGUAUGUAUAGAAAUCACUUGAAUAAUAUACCCAAUGGAUUAAACAAUAUUAAUAUUAAUAAUAUAAUAAUGAAUGAGGAUACAUCAAAUUAUAGUAGUAUAGAUGAAAGGAAUGAAUCACACAUUUUAGAAUCCAACGUAGAAGAACACCUUUCUUCAAACAGUCAGAUGAUUCAAAAUGAUGAAUCGGAAGAACAAAAUCAACAUAUUGAAGAAAUGCCAUCCAUAGAUAUAAAUAGAAAUAAUAAUAAUAAUAAUAAGAAGAAGAAUAAAAAAUAUAAGGAUGAUAAUAAAAAUAAAAUAUUUGAUAAUUCCCUUUAUGAGGAUGAACAAAAUUUGGAAUGCAUAGAUCUCAUAGAAAAUGGACGUAAUAUCGCUGUAACAGAUGAAAAUAAAAAAUUGUAUAUAAAAUUAUAUAUAAAUUAUAAAUACAAUAAAUUAAUAAAGAAAAAAACACAACGAUUUUCAAAAGGAUUAUCACAAUUAAUACCAAUAAAAUGGUUUAAGCUUUUUAGUUCUCAUGAAUUAAAAACACUUAUAUCAGGAAAAGAUAAAUGUUUUGAUGUAGAUGAUUUAAAAAGAAAUGUUGUUUAUGGAGGUGGAUAUAAUGAAAAUAGUACUACAGUUUUACAUUUAUUUGAAAUAUUAAAAGAUUUUUCACCAAAUGAAAAAAGUUUAUUUCUUAUGUUUGUAACUAGUUGCUCAAGAUCCCCUCUAUUAGGAUUUCAAGAAUUAUAUCCAAAAUUUUGUAUAUAUAGGGUACCUGAUCAUACAAGAUUACCUACAGCAUCUACUUGUGUUAAUUUGUUGAAAUUACCAGAUUAUUUAUCAAAACAAGUGUUGUAUAAAAAUUUGAUCACAGCAAUAAAUGAUACACAGGGAUUCGAUUUGAGUUAG